AUGCUUUCCGAAAAUGGACCCAACUCGACGGUUGAGUUUCCGGUAUCGUACCAUGGUGACCUCCAACCCGGAUCACCUGUGAUCGCCGUUACGGCAAGCGAGCGUAUAAGUAAACCCCUAUCGCCGCGAAAGUUUUUCGAGCGUUUGUACGGUCACCUAGAGAAUGAUUCGCAUUCCAACAAAGAAAGUGAUAGAAAACCGCGUAAUAGCGCGAACAGGUGUAGUACACCUCGCUCUCCACCACCGGUGGCGGACCCAGCGCAUUCUAGUGAUUCCAACCGAUCAGUAUCAGUGCAUAGUUCUAUUGUUUCCAGUCCGCGCUCCUCGUCACCGCCCGUGGACAUUGAAGAGGAUUCUUCACAGGGUACCAGUGUUUUCCCGCGCUAUUACGAUCGGAACCAAGUGCUGCACAGGGCUCAGCAGUACCACUCGCACUAUAACGUGUCGUGUACUGAUGGACAACACAGCUAUGGUGCAGUUGUCGCUAGUUCUCCUCCGUGUAGUGUUUUAUCAGUGCCAUCAGCACCACCGGCACCACCGACACAUGGACACUUACAACAGCAACCUGUUCCUUCGUUCUUCCCUACCACCGCCAGCUAUGGAGGAGCGUCUUUCAGGCCGUUCUUUGGUGUGGCUCCAGACGGCACCCAACUGCCGGCGGGAUUGUCUGCGUUUCUGGCCAGACGUCGAAAGAAGGAAGGACGACCCCGGCGUCAGCGUACGACGUUCAGCAGCGAGCAAACGUUACGUCUUGAGGUUGAGUUUCACCGGAACGAGUACAUCUCGCGCGGCCGACGGUUGGAGCUGGCCGAAGUGCUGAAGCUCUCCGAGACACAAAUCAAGAUAUGGUUCCAGAAUCGCCGGGCAAAGGACAAGCGCAUUGAAAAGGCUCAAAUCGAUCAGCAUUGUAGAGCUUUCGCCGCUGUAAAUGGGUUGCUUACACCGUUCAGCCCACAAUAUCCGACAUUAAUGGCGACGCAUCAACAAUCACACCAACAUCAUAUCCACCUGCACAAUCAGCCACAGGCUGCCCUCGGCUACAGUAGAAAGUAG